AGGGUCCCCACCGCAGCGUGCUCCCUGAAAUAAUUGUUGUCAUCAACAUCACCUCCACUCCUGCAGUGCUGGUCCCCACCAUCGCCCGUAUACCCCGACAACAACCCCAUCUGCCUUCGCUUUCUUACCAUUCGUCCCACCGCAGCGUGCUCCCGGAAAUAACCGUUGUCAUCAACAUCAUCUCGGCUCCUGCAGUGCUGGUCCCCACCAUCGCCCCUAAACCCCGACACCAACCCCAGCUGCCUUCUCUUUCUUACCUUCGGUAAACUUUUGCGUAGCCGCGGAGGGAAGUCGUUAUCACAACUUAGCCGAAAUCAUGAGUGACUCACGACGAGGUAGCCGGCCGUACUCUGGAAUCAAUUCCAGGGGAAACGAAUAUACCCAUUGGGGACCGUCGGACUUGGACAAUGGUGGGGAGUUUGAGUACAGGAACCAAGAUCGGAGCUUCUACUGCCAGAACAAGGAUGGCUCCACCUACUUCGAAAACGGCAAGGGCUAUGCCAAGUACACACCCGCAUCUGAAAAUCCGAGGAAUUUCAGACAAGCAUCUACUAGAGACUGACCAGCAUGGAGAGAAAGAACUGCCAUUUCGUUCAAAAAUGACUUCUUUUUUCUUUUUGCACGAAAUUAAAUGUCCCAAUCUUCCUAGUUUUUGUGUACUUUUUGAACCCAUACUACUACGUGCCCAGAAGGAAUGUCAUUAAACAAACAACAGUCACAUUACUUUAUGUCUUAUUAGGUCAUAAAAUAUACAGAAAAUAAUGCUAAAUAGUAAAUAGUAUAAUAGGCCCAAAUAGGGUGCUAUCCAUGGUUGCAGUAGGGUAAAUAUAAUAAUCACUCUAAAGAGUCUAAAGCAUGAUUAGGGUGCUAAUACCACCUCCCACUAGUAGGCAGGGGCAUAUUUUUUCAACCAAAAAAAAAAAAAAAAGGUUACGUAGUACGUACUAGUUUCUGCAGAUUGUAUGAACUGAUGACAAUGGAAUGCUGUUCGGCAUUCCUUCUGGGUCGAGGUCCCACUAGUAAAGAGGAUAGGAUCAGGGUCCUGAAUCUGGAUGUGUUUUAUGCAGAAAAGCAGAAAAGCAGUUCAAUCUCGAUGUCCUGCACCUCUCCACAAACACGUCCAGAUCCAGGCAUUUGAUCCGAUCCUCUUUGCUAGUGGGACCAUGCCCCUGGGUGCAUAGUAGUAUCAUAUACUAAUAUGGGUUCAAAAAAUACACAGAAAACGGGGGAAAUUGGGACAUUUAAUUUCGUGCAACUAAAAAAGAAGAGCCAUUUUAACUGCCUUUUAGUUAAAAUUGAAAUAUUUUGCUGGUGUGACCAAAUUGAGUUUUUUGUUUUUCAGCGAUUUGGGCCAGAUUUUGAAGUUUCCGCAAACGAUGGUAUGUAUGUACAUGGACGCCGUACGAGGUACGGCGUCCUACCUUCAUCUUACAUGCUCUACCUUCAUCUUACAUGCUCUUUUGGAUGUAUCUGGUCGUUUAUACGACCAGAUUAGCAUAUGCUCAUUGGAGGAUGAUUACACCACAACACCCUUCCAUUGUCAUAUGCUGUGGUCAGUUCACUCAUCGGAGGAUGAUAAAAUCGCAACACCCUU